AUGUCUUCAUCGUUCGCCACAUAUCCCAAGACUAUGAAGUCUUCGCCCACUCCUUUCCAGGUGUCAAUUCCAGAGGAACAGCUGAACGAGUUCCGGCAGCUAUUGCGCCUAUCCAAGAUUGGUCCGAAGACUUUCGAGACCGAGCAAUGCGAUGGAAGAUUCGGCGUGACGCGGGAUUGGCUCGUCAACGCCAAAGCGAAAUGGGAAGAAUGGGACUGGCGUCAAUACGAGAGCCGUAUUAAUAGCCUUCCAAACUUCACGGUGCGGAUUGAGGACAAUAACGAAACAUUCACUGUUCAUUUUAUGGCCUUGUUCUCCCAGAAGCAAGAUGCUGUGCCUGUCAUUCUCUUACACGGGUGGCCUGGUAAUUUCAUGGAAUUCUUUUCCAUUCUGCAGAUUCUAUCAAAACAGUUUACACCAGAGACUCUACCAUACCACGUUAUUGUUCCGUCUCUGCCAGGCUACGCAUUCUCAUCACCUCCGCCUCUCACGCGAGACUUUCAGAUUCAGGAUGUGGCUCGAAUUAUGAACUCCCUCAUGAGAGAACUUGGAUUCAGCAAUGGUUAUGUGGUCCAAGGUGGUGAUAUUGGGAGCAAGAUCUCUCGAGUCAUGGCCGCGACUUAUGAUGAGGUGAAAGCCAUACAUAUCAAUUUCUGCAUCAUGCCCCGUCCCGAUGGCAUCAAUGAUGAGACGGUAACUAUUCUGGAAAAAGAGGGUCUCAAGAGGUCGGACGAGUUCUUGCGAUUGGGCUCUUCAUAUGCAUUACAGCAUGCUACUAAGCCUAGUACUAUUGGGCUUGUACUCGCUACAAAUCCGCUUUCACUUCUUGCAUGGAUUGGCGAAAAGUUCCUUGAUUGGACAGACGAUAAUCCCCCACUGGAUGAAAUCCUCGCCUCAGUGACACUGUAUUGGCUUACGGAGACCUUCUCAAGAUCAAUUUACCCAUAUCGCCAGCUCUUCACUCCUGGUGUUGUAGGAGCUCACGAGAACCCUGAGUGGUAUAUUAAAAAGCCAUUUGGAUUCUCUUGGUUCCCAAAGGAGAUCGCGCCUAUUCCUCGCAGCUGGGUAGCGACCACAGGCAACCUUGUCUUCUACCGCGCGCACAAACAAGGUGGUCAUUUUGCUGCUGUGGAAAAACCGGAGGUGCUGCUUGCUGACCUUUUGGAAUUUAUCACACAGGUUUGGAAUGGCCAUUAA